GGCAGUGGCUCACCGUGUGUCGCUGAACAGAGGAACUUCUGCCCAGAGAGCUGCUGUUUGAGGCUGUUUCCUGCCUACUAAUGGCUAAUGAGCGGCUCAGAGUUCUGGAGGACGUAGAGAAGGAGAUAGCGUCGGUCCUGCAGUGUGCCGGUAAUAUUGUCCUGGAACUCUCCAAAGACAAAACCAAUGCCAGCUUCCUCGACAGACAGCUGAUUCAGUUCCAGACCUCAGUCAACCGAGUGGAGAGUGAACUGACUUCCCAGAUUCGCUACCUCACACAGGUUAAACGCACAACUGUAGUACUAGUUUGUGAGAGACAACAGUUUCAACAACAGAGCUGUAGUGCCUAAUUUAUGUUUUGUUUCAGAAAGUAUG